AUGUUUACAAAUUUGAUAAUAAUAUUACUAUUGAAAUUGAAUAACAACGGGUAUGCAAUGAAUAUUCAAAAUGAAAUGGAAAAGGCUGGGGCAUAUCCAUGUUUGCAGGUUAACGACAUUGUAUUUGUUAUCCUGUCCCAAGUCAAUGAAUUCCAUGUGCAGCAAGCAUCACAGUUUCAGAUACACUUUGAGAAACAGUUGACUCUAUUAGAUAAGAGCCAGUGGCCAGUGCUGCUGUUUACCCACAAAGACUUUUCACACGUUGAUGGAGCAUGGACAGUAAUUCCACUUUUUGAGCAUAUUGUGAACACACAUGCCAGGAAGAAUACCAGAUGGAUUCUCAUAUGUGAGGAGGAUACCAGAAUAAAUGUCAGUCUCCUGGUUACUACACUUGAACAGUACAAUGCCACAGAGAGUCUGUUCCUGGGCAGAGAACUUCGUGACCAAGAGACCACCAUAAUCCAUCACUUUGCCUUUGCCGACAAUCCUAGUCAGUUUGCCUACCCAGAUUUUAGAGCAGGCUUUGUUCUAAGCAUCACCUUGAUCCAACAAUUACAUCACAGACUCCAAACCAGCAGAGUGAAAAGUGAUUUUUCCAUAGACCCCAAAUUUGAGCUGGCCUUGUUUGUAUGGGAUGAAGGUAAAGGUACCACUCUGACUCACAUCCAGCAGUUCUGCUCAGCAGAUGCCAGUUCAGAUCCCAGCUGUGUGACCUCCCAACCUGGCAAGUUCCCAGACUGCCAUUUACCUGUUGACAAGAGGGAUCUGUAUGUGGCAGUUAAGACUUGCAAGAAGUUUCAUGAAACAAGAAUUCCUGUUGUUAAGGCUACCUGGGGAAAAGAGGCUGAACUAAUUGAAUACUUCAGUGAGAUGGCUGACAACAAGAUACCUACAAUAGAUUUAGGAAUUCCCAACACAGAAAGAGGUCACUGUGGAAAGACAAUGGCAAUAAUUAAAAGAAUCAUUAAUACACCGGAGCUUUCUGCUGUCAAAUGGAUCCUGAUUGCUGAUGAUGACACCAUUAUUAACUUGAACCGUCUGCAGCCUGUGGUUUUGGGUGAAAGAUACGGCUACGCAGUUGUCAGCGGUGGUGGCUAUGAUUAUAUCACAGGAGGGGGAGG